AUGGCUUCAUCAAAAGCUCACUCUUUUGCCUCUCUCCCGGCAUCCCAGCCUCCUGUCAUCGACGCCGACUCUCUACCAUCUGCUCACUCCACGGAUCUGAAACUCGAGCCUGCCACGCUUCUCGAAUACGUUCAAAUGACGUACCUCAACGCCGAUGAAUGGAAGGGCCCAUUGACCAUCGAACAAUAUCUCCAGCGCGAAGACAUCCUACAGGCCGUUGAUUUGACAAAAGACGCACGUAUCACUGGAUGGAUUUUGACCUCUGACUCGCUACCCAGAAACACUGAUGGAUCGAGACCUAUUCUUGCCAGCUGCGAGAGUAUCCCAAUCCAUGCCUAUGUUGCUCGGGAUGGCGUUGUCGAGAAGGUCCAGGCACAUGGCGUCGCUUCGGUUUAUAAUCGACCGGAACACCGGGGCAGAGGUUAUGCUUCUCGCAUGAUGGCAGAGCUGGGCAAGAGACUGGAGACCUGGCAGUCGCCAAACGGGAGGACAAAUCGGUUCUCGGUGCUAUUUUCGGAUAUUGGCCAGACCUUCUAUGCUAGGUUUGGGUGGAAAGUCUUCCCAUCCACCCAUAUUCACCUGCAACAGAUCAAUCGGCUGGCUUACGAAAGAGCCACUUCCGGGCUCCCUGCCGUCGAAGACUUGUCAUUGGAGGACCUAAAGUCCAUACCGACCAUCGAGUACGUUGAACGUCGUUUGCAGGAGAUAUCCACCGCAGAACCAGGCAAAACCCACGUCGCCAUUCGUCCUGAUUUGGAGCACUUCGAGUGGCAUUUUGCUCGAGAUGAGUUCCAGACUAACGUCAUGGGGAAGCACUUUCCAAAAGUCAAGGGAGCUAUUCACCGGUCCACCGGUCUCGCUCUUAUUUGGUGUCGCGUCUAUGCGGCCAAGAAGUCGGAUUGGCAACUACAUAUCCUCCACACCGUAGUUCCGCCUUCAAUGCAGAAUUCGCAGGAGGCGGAGGCAGUGAUGGCCGCUCUGCUUGCGAGAGCCCAGCUGGAAGCUCAUGAAUGGGAAAUGGCUAGCGGGGUUGAAGUAUGGGACCCUUCCGAUCUGGUAGUCGCUUCGGCUCAGAGGCUGCGGACGGAAGAGCAAGGUAAAGUGGACAUCAUUACUCGCGACAAGGAGCAUCUAUGCAGCCUGCGAUGGAGCGGUGAGCCUGACGAGGAUGUGGUCUGGCUGGCCAAGGAGAAGUACGCCUGGUGUUGA